AUGUCGUGUUUGGUAGUACCGCAAAUAACGGAAGCGUUACCGAAUUUCAAGGUUGAUAAGCAUAAUCUAAAUAUUCCUGAGAAUGUAAGACUGGCAGAUCCACAGUUUGACGUGCCCGGUGGAAUCGAUAUGUUAAUCGGUGCGGAUUGCUUCUGGGACGUCAUGUGCGUAGGUCAGAUAAGGUUAGGAAAACAAGCCCCUUACUUACAAAAAACGAAGUUUGGUUGGGUCAUGUCUGGACGCGUAGAAACGACUUCAAAUAGCUUUAUACAGUGUAGCCUAUCAACGAAUAGCGGUGUUGACAAGCAGCUUUCGCGGUUCUGGGACUUAGAAGAAUUUCCACAAAGCAAACUUUUGUCCGAUGAAGAGAGGGCUUGCGAAAAACAUUUUGUAGGAACCUUCACGUGCGAUGCAAACGGGCGAUUUGUUGUUACGAUACCGUUAUUUGACAGUCCGGAAAAAUUAGGCGAUUCCUAUGAAACGGCAAAAAAUCGUCUAUUUAGUUUAGAGCGGAAAUUCAAACGUAAUGAAAACUUUAAGGCAAAAUACGUGAAAUUUAUCGACGAAUAUAGGUCUCUAGGACAUAUGCUAAAGUUAAAUACCGACGAUGAAACCAAACCAAGGUAUUAUAUGCCGCAUCACGGUGUCGUUAGGGAGGGUAGCCUGACCACCAAACUCCGCGUAGUCUUUGACGCUUCGUGCCCCACUACAAGCGGCUACUCAUUUAACGAUUUACAGAUGACGGGACCUAGUAUUCAGUCCGACAUAUUUUCGAUUCUUUUGCGUUAUCGUAAAUACAACUUCGUGAUCGCCUCAGACGUGGAGAAAAUGUAUAGAAUGUGUAAUAUUAAUGCGGAACAAACGCCCUUACAAAGAAUCCUAUGGCGCGAUAAUAGCAAUAAUCCUACCGAAAUUUAA